UUUUCAAAUAAAAAAUUCAGCCCUUCAUAACAGCGCCUCCUCAACUCGUCUAAUUGUUCCAGAAGCAUUUCUGUUCAGCGCAUUGUUUUUUUGGCAAGGAUCUUGUACCCUGGAAGUAAACCAUCCGAGCGAACGAUGUCGUAUGUGCCUCCUCACCUGAGAAACUCAACCACUGAUACCGCCGCCACCACGGUCACCACUCUAGACACCAAUCACUUCCAUUCUUACUCCAACCUCAGCUCCGAGACGAACAACAGCAGCAAUAACUAUCUCAAUUCAGCUCGCCGGAGCACCGUCAAUUACACCUCUCCGAGGACUGUUUCGGCUCCCGACAUUGUCUUCCCCAAUUGGAAACCUUCCGAACGCGUUCUCCGUCUUACACCCGAGCAGAUAGAUGAGGUUCGUUUAAGACUUAAUCUUGAUGUUAUAGUAGCCCCAGACUCGCCUCCUGCGCCAGCGCCUAUUGAAUCAUUUACUGACAUGUGUUUGCAUUCUAGCAUUAUGAUGGAUAUAUCUUUUCAUGGAUACACAACUCCAACACCCAUCCAGGCUCAGGCCAUGCCAGUUGCUCUCAGUGGAAGGGAUCUUUUAGGUUGUGCAGAAACUGGCAGUGGCAAAACUGCUGCAUUCUCGAUACCUAUGAUACAGCAUUGCUUGGCUCAGCCUCCAGUCAGACGUGGUGAUGGACCUUUGGCGUUGGUACUGGCUCCUACAAGAGAGCUAGCUCAACAAAUAGAGAAAGAGGUUAAGGCUUUCAGUAAAUCAUUGGAUUCUUUUAGAACUGCAAUUGUGGUGGGCGGAACAAAUAUUGGUGAUCAGAGAUCUGAGCUACGCCUAGGGGUGGAUGUAGUGGUUGCAACUCCUGGAAGAUUUAUUGAUCAUUUGCAGCAAGGAAAUACUUCCCUCUCCAGGAUCUCAUUUAUUGUUCUGGAUGAGGCUGAUAGAAUGCUGGAUAUGGGAUUUGAACCACAGAUGAGAGAGGUGAUGCAGAAUCUUCCUCAAAAACAUCAAACUUUAUUGUUUAGUGCAACCAUGCCAGUGGAGAUUGAAAUGCUAGCACAGGAGUAUUUGACGAAUCCAGUGCAAGUAAAGGUAGGCAAAGUGAGUUGCCCAACUGCAAAUGUAUUGCAGAGUUUGGAAAAGGUGCCUGAAAAUGAGAAGAUAGAUCGGCUUUUAGGAAUGCUCGUGGAGGAAGCUGCUAGGGCUGAAAGAUUUGGCCAUCCCUUUCCUUUGACAAUUGUCUUUGUGGAACGCAAGACUAGGUGUGAUGAAGUUGCAGAAGCAUUGAUAGCUCAAGGUUUAAAAGCGGUUGUUCUACAUGGUGGUCGCAGUCAAAGCGAAAGAGAAUUGUCCCUUCAUGAUUUUAGGCACAGUGCUACUAAUAUCUUGGUUGCUACUGAUGUUGCAUCUCGUGGAUUAGAUGUCAGUGGAGUGGCUCAUGUAGUGAAUCUAGAUCUUCCAAAGACCAUGGAAGAUUAUGUACACCGGAUAGGAAGGACAGGUCGUGCUGGAUCAUCAGGCAGGGCAACAUCAUUCUAUACUGACCGAGACAUGUAUCUGGUUGCACAAAUAAAGAAAGCAAUUGUAGAUGUUGAAUCUGGCAAUACAGUCAGUUAUGCUACUGGGAAGGUUGCUCGGAGGAUGGAGAAGGAAGCUGCAGCUGCUCAUAAGGAAGCGAGGAUUGCACUCUCCAAGGUCUCCUUACUGGGCACUGCACCUUUGAACGUGGAGGAUAAGUACAAGCACAUGAUCUUCCCUGCAAUGGCAAGAAAAGAGGGUGCAGCAGACGAUGCUUGGGACGAUUAAUAGUUCGAAGUUGCGUUUCAAUAUAUGGGGAACCAAAUAUGUUCACCAAUUAAUUCAUCUUUUAUUACUUCAAAAACACAAGAAAAAUAAAAAAAGACUAAUCAUGCUCUUCAUUUUCUUUCUGUAGUAGCAUACUGGCUCGCGGCCACUAGUCUUGUAUUAGCCAUGUGUAAAUAUUUGUCCGAUUAAUCGUGUACAUGUGAAAAGAAGAGGUGUUUUUUUUUUU